GGAGGACUUGAAAUGUUGAGAAUGAUGCAUUGUAAACUGCCAUGUGGUUCUGCGUCAUGUUGGGACUUUUACCUCAGACUUGACAAUUUCUCGGAAUCAAGAAGAACUUGUGUGCCUUUUUUCGAUGAUUGUUCAGAUCGAAAUUAGACUCUGACAAGUCGGAUUCAUUCAGGAGACCAGCUGCUAUUGGCCAGCUCUGCGGGAAAAUCUACCCUAGGAUCCUUACCACUGUAUUUUGAGCCAGGCAACGUCCAAUUCUAAGUGUAUACAUACGUCAGUCCGAUCAGUCGGUCAAAGGGACGUAUUUGCCAAUCGCUGGGACCUAAGAAACUGCCCAUGUCAGCAACAGAGCGUAGGACACUUGUCUUUUCUUUGGCAUAUGCGCUGGAGGAUUGUUGACAAAAUGACGCACUUUCCUUGGAGGAAAUAUAUACUCCCGCUGGCUGCGGCUCUGUUGCUGCAUGUUGAGUUGACGGCUACCUUACAAGCAAUGUGGUGGAAUUUAGGUGUAAGCGGACUAUUUCGAAAUCCUCAAAUGUUUAUUCUCGGAGCACAACCAAUCUGCCAUCAGUUACCGGGACUUUCGCCGGGACAGAAAAAAUUGUGUAUGUUGUACCAGGACCACAUGCCCAGCAUAAGCAGGGGCGCACGAGUGGGAAUACAAGAGUGUCAGUGGCAAUUCAGAUUCAGGAGAUGGAACUGUAGUACAGUGGAUAACAGAUCUGUUUUUGGAUCAGUAGUAGCAAUAGCGAGUAGAGAAACAGCAUUCACACAUUCAAUAUCGGCAGGAGGGGUGGUACACUCGAUCGCCCGGUCUUGUCGCGACGGCGAACUGUCGCGGUGCGGCUGCAGCCAGGCCCUGCGGCCUAAGGACUUACACAGAGACUGGAUAUGGGGAGGUUGUGGGGACAACUUGGAAUACGGUUACAGAUUUGCUCAAGGAUUCGUGGAUGUACGGGAAAGGGAGAAGAACCAUCCGCGGCACUCGAGGGGUUUAGCGCGGAUGAUGAUGAAUCUGCAUAAUAAUGAGGCUGGUCGACGGGCCGUCUACGAGCUAGCCAAGGUCGCGUGCAAGUGUCAUGGCGUCUCGGGGUCGUGCAGUUUAAAAACCUGCUGGCAGCAGCUGCCUCCAUUCAGGGAGGUCGGUGACCGCCUGAAGGAGAAGUACGAUGGUGCUUCAGAGGUCUCAUUCAACAGACGAGGAACCAAACUCGACCGGAAGAAUCCAAAGUUCAAUAAACCAACAAAAAAUGACAUGAUGUAUUUGGACGAAUCUCCGGAUUACUGCUCGCCGAAUUUUGAGACUGGUUCGCUCGGUACCACUGGGCGGCGCUGUAUUCGCGAUUCUGUGGGGACAGAGAGUUGCGGUUUGUUAUGCUGUGGACGAGGUUAUAAUACGUACAAGCAGACGAUAUCUGAACGCUGCCAUUGCAAAUUUCACUGGUGUUGUUCUGUGAAGUGCCAGACGUGUAAACACGUCAUUGACGUCUAUACAUGUAAAUAAAAAGGCUGGCAGUGCAUGCUUCAGUGCAAUGUUGCAGAGUGUCGGUGGAUCUAAAAGAUGGACUUUGGGCUGCAUUUCAAAACCGUUCGAGGCGAUGUUGAAAACGUGUUGUUUUGAUCUUAUAUUAAAAAGUGGAGGCCAUACAAAGGGAAAGGCGACCCGGAAUCGAUUUCAUUUUGAUUCAUAACCGGAAUUGCAUUUUAAUGCCGGAAGAAGUUCGUUGAUCGGGGAACUGGUUGAUUUAUUAGGACUCGCUCAUGUCGGGUUUUGGCCGUCGGGCUGCCAUGUGAACUUGUCCUUGACUUACCACUCGGGCAAAUGCGAAAUCAAAAUCGGACUUACCCUACUAAAAGUAUUCGUCUAUCAAAAAAUACAAUAACAGUAUUCGUUGCGUAGUAGUAAUAAGGGCUGGUGUCGCUUUAGCUGUAAGUGUUCGUUGCCUUAGAAACUGUUGUUGCUUAAAAAACAAUGACUUGUUCAUUGACCGAGAAGCUUUAGGUCCCAGGUUACUGCUGCGUUAUUCCCAGCACCAGGUCAUGUAAUGUCUAGGUUCUCAAUGCCCUUUGUUUGUAAAAUGGACAAUGUUUCAAGCAAUAUGCCCGAAAUUGCUCGUGCUGAGAACUAUACUAGUAUUUGUACAGACUGAUAUUGUCGAUAGAAGCAUAAUAAGUAUUAAAUGUAAAAUCAAAAAUAUAUCGGACGUUAGAUGAAGAAAAGAAAUCACAAACAAUUUAUUUAGUGAGUCACAGCUUAAUUCGAACGAUAAAUGCUACGUGAUCAUAUAGGCGUUUUUGCGCUGGAUUGGGAAAUCACUUUAUCAGAAGAACGAGAACGUAACGUGAGCUUAACGGUGAACGUGACACUGAGUAACGUGCCGGGAGGUGGAUAAGAGUUGGUCAGAGGAUCACUUGCAUAACGCUGUGUCGGUUGUCGUAUCUGAAAUCUCAAUUCCCGAGUUCUUAUCUGGUCGUUAUUUCAAUCUUCGAUUUAUGUUUGUAAAUAUACUGUGGUAGUUUUGCUGUAUAUGUUAUUAAAUCGACUACGUCAUAUUGUAUUUAGCGGAAGUUCAAAUUAAGAGGUACAUGUAGACACCUUUUCAGUGAUUUAGAGAUGAAUAAACAUACAUGUUCUUAUACUGAGAAGUGAGAAUGGCAACUUUGGAAAUGAGGUAUUACUGUAAAUAACUUUGAGGAGUGUUGCUGCAUUGACCUGAAAUACCGAGUAGACCUACACACGUGAAUAGUAGAAAAAUGCAUAACAUAUUCCUAUUGUCGAUGAAGUUGUUGCUGUUGCCAAUCUUGACCAAAACCUUUACAACAAUAUUCUUUUUGACUCGGAUAUUAGUAGAGCUACAAUUGUUUCACAACCCAACACGAAACUAUCGGUAUCAGUGUAACAAUCCAGAUGGCACCAGACCAUUCUUGACGAGAUUCAUUCUCCGAGCUGAUCGAAGAAUAGUCUCUCUGCCAUUAGUGAUUUCCAUGAUAUCCGAAUAGCUAUCGAUCAGUCCCACCAAACCCAUAUCAUGCGGGGCCCUUGACCCUGAAAUAAGCCAACGCCAGUGUUUUCUCGGUGCCGAUUUCAAGUCACGAAAACACCACCAUCUGCCGGAUCGUCCUGUAACUUGUUGAUCGUGAUUUGAAAAGAGGGCGCAGAGCUUCGAAGAUUGAGCUACACGUGUGUUGCACUAAAUCAUGCUUUCCUUCGCAAAGUCAGUUGUCACGUCGUGUGAAAACCCUAAGCAAAAUGCGGUGAUUCUUUUAGACCCAGUUUGUAGGUAACUUUCAGUGUUCUUUCGCCAAUUGUUGUAUAUAAAUAUUACUUUGAGCAUUGGUGAGAAAGUUCGUGUAGCAUUCAAUUUAAUUUAUUGUGUAUAGAGCUAUAAUUGAAAUAAACUGAGCUUCACUGUC